AUGAGCUACCAAGAUGAGCUACCAUAUUACACAGCAAAAAGUAGUCCCGCAAUGGGCAUGUUUAGUAGCUCCAUGGGCAAGCUUCAGCAACAGCUGUAUAAAGGAGAGUACAGCAUAUUCAAGUAUGCACCCAUGUUUGAAAGUGACUUCAUCCAGGUCAGCAAAAGGGGUGAAGUGAUGGAUGUGCACAAUCGGGCACGGAUGGUGACCGUGGGCAUCGUGCGCACCAGCCCCCACCUGACUGUCCCUGAUGUCAUGCUGUUAGCCCGCCCUGCUACCAUCAACGACUAUCAGAGUACUGAUGCCCAGGAAAGGAAUACAAAGCCCACACAGAUCUUAGAGCUAACCCGGCUGUUCCCCUUGAAGUUGGUCAAGAUUACUAUCCAUAAUGGCUUGAAACAACAGCUCCGCCUGAAGCUUGUCACUGGCCGCUCUUUCUACCUUCAGCUGUGUCCCUCCUCAGAGAUCAAGGACCUUUUCAUUCACUGGGAAAACCUUGUUUACAUCCUGAAACCACCAGUGGAAGCAUACAGCGGCACAGAGGCCCUCCCAGCUGGGAAUCGAUACUUGAUUCCUGGGUUGGAGGAAGACAAUAAUAGCCCAGGGGAGAGUACUUUUCACUUCUAUAGAAAGGAACAAGAUCAAGUAAGCAUCAGAUGCCUUCACAUGAACAGUGAAAUGUUUGAGGACACCCAUCAUGACUCUUCGAGAGAGGAAUGA